AUGUCGCUCCUUCUCCUUCUCCUGAUGGCCUUCCGAACGUGUUCCACAUUGAGCACGUCAUCAUCAUCAUCCUUCUCGACAAGUACUGAAACUCCAUCGACUUCUCCUCCGAUUGCAACCAUUCCGACACGCCGCAAGUUUCCAAACUCGACAGAAAGAGCAACGAUCUAUCGGAUGAUGUUCGACGCGUCGGCUCGUUUCCGAACCGGUAACGAACGACAGACAUUUGAGAGAAACGAGACAUUUGCAGACAAUUACCGCAAGGCGCCGCUGCUGUUCGAGCAGGAUUGGGAGCUGUGCGACGAGACAUACCGAUGGCCAAGUCGGCAAUUUCUUGAACUCGUGUCAAAUUGUUUAUGUGUAUGCUUUUCAGAGUGCUGUUUGUGGCGCGACAAGAAGACGUUCGCGAGAGGCACGAUCGACUGCAACCACAUCAAAGGAGACGUGCUGCUCGAGAACGACUACGACGCGAACCUCUUCCAGGUCCCGUUUCGUCAAUCAACUCGUCUCGAAAUUGCGCUUUUCAGUCCUUCCUCGACAUCAUCCAAAUCCAGGGCAAUCUGGUGCUUCGCAACACUACGAUUGUCGCGUUCGGAGUGCCACACCUCUCCAGAAUUGGUUUCAACCUCUCGGAUCCCAAGAAGUUUCCGGCAGUGAUUAACGUCGAGAAUAAUCCACUGCUCGCGCAUUUUCGACUUCGACGACUCGACGAAAUCGUCAAAAAUGCCCGCCAAAAGUAUGGAAUUUUCAGCGGAAAUCCAAAACUGCACAUCGACUCGAAACAAUAUCAAAUUCUGAAGCAGUCCAGCAAUCACAGCGAUGACUUUGAGCAGUUCACAGAGCGACCCAGUUAGUGUUUUCUUUUGAAAUCUGAAACAGUACCCAAUCAAUCGAGAUUCAUAGUCACAUACAAACGACACGAGAGCUGGGAGUCGUAUCCGUACUGGAUUCUGGCGGCUAUGAUCUCGAUUGCACUCACUCAUCACUUUGUUAUGAUCGAAAUCAACGAGAGCCGCAUUCAGAAGAAGGACAUUGAAAUGAUAUCGGCGAUUCGGAAGAUGAGAGACGCAGUGUUGGCCGCCGAGUUACUGUAGGUCCGGGUCUUGAAACGAUAAUUGAGGUCCUUUUUUACAGACUUCAAACGCCAGACGACACUUUUCUGUCGGUAAGGAAAGUCCGGAACUACCGCACUCCUACAGUAACCCGAUUUGCAGUUCGAUUCGGAAGUUCUUCAUUUGUGUAGUGAACAAUUGGAUCUGAUUCGACAAAUUCAAGGGACUAUGGACGCGGAGCAAGGAAAUCAGUCGAAUUAG